CCACUGAGAUCUCUUGUCACUUCUCAAGAGCGCCUCCUCCGGGAAGAUGGCUCUGCCUCCCUUCUUCGCCCCGGGACGCCCGGGCCCGCCGCCCACGCAGCCGCCGCCUCCCGCUCCCUUUAGCUGUCCGCCACCGCCGCUGCCCUCCCCUGCUUUCCCGCCGCCUCUUCCCCAGCGGCCCGGCCCUUUUCCGGGGGCCUCCGCCCCCUUCCUCCAGCCUCCGCUGUCUCUGCAGCCCCGCGCCCCCGCGGAAACCUCGGGUGGAGGCGGCGGCGGCGCCUUUUACGCGGUGCCGCCGCCGCCACUGCCUCCGCCGCAGCCCCAGUGCCGGCCCUUCCCGGGGACCGACACCGGCGAGCGCCCGCGGCCGCCGCCUCCCGGCCCGGGGCCGCCGUGGAGCCCGCGCUGGCCUGAGACGCCGCCGCCGUCGGACGUGCUCGGGGACGCGGUCCUCCAGCGCUUGCGCGACCGGCAGUGGCUGGAGGCGGUGUUCGGGACCCCGCGACGGGCCUGCCGGGUGCCGCAGCGCACUCACGCCGGGCCCAGCUUAGGCGAAGUGCGCGCGCGGGUGCGCGAGGUACUACGCCUGGUGCGGCGGCUGCGUGGCCUGAGCCAGGCCCUGCGGGAGGCCGAGGCCGACGGCGCCGCCUGGGCUCUGCUGCAUGCCCAGGCCGCGCCGCUGCGCGCCCAACUGGCCGAGCGGCUGCAGCCGCUGACCCAGGCCGCCUACGUGGGCGAGGCGCGGCGGAGGCUGGAGAGGGUCCGGCGCCGCCGGCUGAGGCUUCGCGAGAGGGCCCGGGAACGCGAGGCCGAACGGGAGGAGGCGGCCGCGCGGGCAGCGGAACGCGAGCAGGAGAUUGACCGCUGGAGGGUCAAGUGUGUGCAGGAGGUGGAGGAGAAGAAGCGGGAGCAGGAACUCAAAGCUGCUGCUGAUGGUGUAUUAUCUGAAGUGAGGAAAAAGCAAGCAGACACCAAAAGAAUGGUAGACAUUCUUCGGGCUUUGGAGAAACUGAGGAAACUGAGGAAAGAGGCUGCAGCAAGGAAAGGUGUCUGUCCUCCAGCCUCAGCAGAUGAGACUUUUGAGCAUCAUCUUCAGCGCCUGAGAAAACUCAUUAAAAAGCGCUCUGAACUGUAUGAAGCUGAAGAGAGAGCCCUCAGGGUUAUGUUAGAAGGAGAACAAGAGGAAGAGAGGAAAAGAGAGUUAGAAAAGAAACAGAGAAAAGAAAAAGAGAAAUUUUUACUUCAGAAACGUGAAAUCGAGUCCAAGUUAUUUGGGGAUCCAGACGAGUUCCCGCUUGCUCACCUCUUGCAGCCUUUCCGACAGUAUUACCUCCAAGCUGAGCACUCCCUGCCUUCACUCAUCCAGAUAAGGCAUGAUUGGGAUCAAUACCUGGUGCCAUCUGAUCAUCCCAAAGGCAACUUCGUUCCCCAAGGAUGGGUCCUUCCCCCGCUCCCCAGCAACGACAUCUGGGCAACUGCUAUUAAGCUCCAUUAGUAAAGAUGCUCCAGGAAUGUGGUCCAUCCAACGUUCUUUCCAGCUGUAAAUACUGGUGACGCUGCCAUCUUGUGUUGUACACUAAACUGGAACUUCUAAACUCCAUGUGGCAUUGUCCUGUCCUGAAAUUAUACUUUCCUUCUGUGCUCUGUACUGGCCAGAUGUGCCUCUUGAAUCAAGAGAUUAAUGUGGUUCUUCAGGAAAAGACGUAGGUGAACUGAGGUUAUUACCACAGGCAGUGACCUUGGCUCACUGAUUUGCCUCUGUUUUAAGGGGCUCAAUCUAGAAUGACUUAAUAAUUUAACUUCCUUGCAUGGUGAUGGGUAAGUACACCCAGUUCACUCAGAUACUCACUGUAUACUGAUUAGCGACCCUUCCACCAGUCACAAGUGUGAAAGCAAGCCUGAUGCAAAACCACCUUACCCUUCUACCCAAAGAGCCCUUUCCUCAGGAGGAAAGGUCAAAAAUGCUUUAUCUUGAGUUUUGUUAAUCUCAGUUUUGGUACAGCUUGGAGGGCUGCUAGUUAGGGAGAUGGCAUUGGCUACAGGCUGGGUUGCCAGAAUAGUUGGUGGCAUAGUCCUUAGUAUUCAUGUGAAUUUAGAAAAUCUGAAGAGUUCCUAUACCUGAAUUGGAUAUUUCAAUGGAAGAUGGCUUUGUUUUUCCAUGUUAGAAGGAUCCUAAUGAAAACCCCUGUUUUUUAAGUUCCUAGGGGGUCUAGCUGUUCAGAAUCCCUGAGGAUAGAAAUUGUUUUCCCUAUGGGAGUGGGAUCUUAACCUCACUCAGUCACAUUGUAGGAGCCAGUCUAUGAAGUUUUCUUAGCAACUCGGGCUUCCAAAAGCAUUCAUGUAGUCAAAGCUAGGGACGAAACAAAUGAAAAUAAUAAAAUUUAUUUUUUAUAUUCAUUAAUAAUAAAUGCUGUUGUGCUUGGAGAUGAUCAUACAAUGUCAUUUUUUGUUUUCUGUUUUGGUUUUUGCCAAUUAUUUAUA